CUCUUUUCAUCACAUGAUUAAAAAGUUUUUUUUUAUACUUUGGUAAUGUUUCUAUCAAAAUACUUUAUAAUCUGUGGCACUGGAAGUCAAACGUCAAAAACCAAUUUUCGCUGUGUAUCUUCCCAUGUAACGAGUUUUUGAUAAUUAUUAUUUUUCGUUUUAUUUGGUUUGUGUAGAAUUUAAUGUAAAUAUUAAAUCUUUACAUUUGCAACAUGAUUGAGGAAAAUAUAACAGUGAGCGAUAACUCAGAUUUAGAGGAUGGCGGAAAUCCAGAACUUCGCGGAUACUUGAGUAAAUGGACAAAUUACAUUCACGGUUGGCAGGACAGGUUUAUUGUUUUGAAGGAUUCUACUUUAUCGUACUACAAGAGUGAGUUGGAGAGUAAUCUUGGAUGCCGUGGUGCCUUAUGUUUGAAGAAAGCCAAAGUCAAGCCUCAUGAAUUUGAUGACUGCAGAUUUGAUGUGUCAGUAAAUGAUUGUGUCUGGUACUUGAGAGCUACUAAUCCUGAAGAAAAACAGCAGUGGAUUGAUGUUUUGGAAUCAUUCAAAGUGGACAAUAAUGUUAAUAAUAAAAACAUAAACAACAUCACAAUAAGAAUAGCAAGACAACCAACAGAUCAAGUGGAAUCAGGAUAUGGGACCAGCUCAGACAGCAGUUCAAAUGGAGGAGGCUUGCGAAGACAUGGAUCUGUUACUUCCUUGCAGUCGACUGGCUCUCAUGGCCGUACCACUCGUCGUCUCGCCGAGAAGAUCGCAGAACUGGACACAUAUAACGAGCUGCUUUCGAAGCAAGCCACCCAGCUGCAACAGUACUUCGACAUGUGCGUUGCGGCUUACCCACAGAUCAACGAUGAUGCCUCCGAAGCCAUUGAUGCUGUUAAAUUGGCUGAUGGUAACGACCUAAGCUCGCACGUGGGCGAGGUGCGAGCAACAAGUGCUUCAUUCCGGGCAACAUGUGGCGCCACUAUCGCUACACUGCAACACUGCGCUGAACUGCUCCGGCGCAGGGAAAAACAAGCCCGACAGGCUGAAGAGCUGUACAUGGCUUUGAAGAAUCAGCUGGCAGAAGCAAGGUUGGCUUCGAAACCAGGGCCAGACCAUGAGGAGGGUCCUCACUCCACGUUGCCAGACGACGAGUUCUACGAUGCAGUGGAGACAGGGUUCGACAAGAUGGAGGAGGAGCGGUGUGCACGUGUGGUGCCACCUAGCGUCCACACGCGGGACCAGGUCGAGUUGCCUCCGCCAGCCAUUGACAACAGACUUACCGUACAUCCUUUGUGGCCAGAGAUCGACAGGAUAUCAACGGAACAGAUUCAAGCCGCGUUUGAAGGUGUGGGUGGUGAGAUAGGAUGGCAGUUGUUCGCUGAGGAGGGCGACAUGAGGAUGUACAGGAGGUACGUGGAAACCGAUAGUCAGAGUGGGGAGAUGGAGGUGGACGGUAUGGUGACAGACCCGCUGAAGGCGAUGCACAAAGUACGCGGCGUCACUGCCCGCGAGAUGUGCCACUACUUCUUCAACCCACGUUACCGAUAUGAGUGGGAGACGACUCUGGAGACGAUGACAAUAGUGGAGGAGAUAGCGUCAGACUCGCUGGUGUUCCACCAGACCUUCAAGCGGAUCUGGCCCGCCUCGCAGCGAGACGCACUGUUCUGGUCACACGUUAGGCAGUCCAGCGAGAACACAUACGCUGUCACCAACCAUUCCACCACCAAUGCUGAUUAUCCGGCUAACAACGGCGCCUGUAUCCGCUUGUUCGUGACAGUGUGCCUGGCGUGCCACACCACGUACCCGGCCGGGGAGCAACCCACCCGCGACAAUAUCACCACCAGCAUCGCUUACUGCAGCACAGUAAACCCAGGUGGUUGGGCACCGGCCGGCGUCCUCCGCGCAGUGUAUAAGCGAGAGUAUCCAAAAUUCUUGAAGCGGUUCACCAACUACGUUGUAGAGCAGUGCCGCGACAAACCCAUCGCCAUCUAGCGGCGUCCCCACGCAACACGUCGCAGCAGGUGACCGAUCGAUAUACAACAUGUACCCGCACUACUAAGCGUACCUUCGAUAUAAUAUUUAUACUUCUCAGACAUACGCCUGAUUCUUUAUAUCUGCAAGUCAGGGAUACGUCAACUGAGAACUAUUUAAUGCGAAGUGUAGUGCUAUUAGACGUUAAAUAGGUGUUAUAUAAUAUUAAAGGUUUUAUUCAGGGUGGAGUUUGGAUUCCCGUUAAAUACUUUCUUCGCGAUGUCGGUGCGUCCCGGUAUGAUUAUCACACAAAACUUUUAUAACACCAUGAAACCAGACUCGGAUAAUGCAGUUCGAAAUAGAUUCUUUUUUACUGAGACGAGAGAGAUAACGCUAUACGUCAGCUGUGCGUUAGACAGAGAGCAAACGUCGUGUCCGCCUGUACUUGUGUGUAAAAAGAAAUUGAAAUACAAUCGUGCUGUAUAAGUUGUCGUCGCUAAACUUGUGUAUGAUCAAAAUAUUAUUAUCGGUGUUCAAAUAAAUGUUUAAUUUAUCAACGUUAUUACUGUCUAUAUUAUUACGUAGGACACUUAUAAUCGACAAUAAUUCAAUGUCGAAUGUACAGUUCUAAUUUCAAAAUUGUAAAUUGUACUUUAAUGAGUAAUUUAAAUUUAGAACACGUUGUAUAAUAUAUGUACCUACUAUGUCGUCGGGUGUUAUAUUAUUAAAUAAAUUAUACAAAAUAAUUCAACGUAAAUGUAUUCGUCAUUAAUGAGUAUAUAAAUAUUAUUUCAAAACGAUCUUGUGGGGGAUAUUUGUAAAGCACUUUUGACUGCUAUUAGUUCGUUUAUUUCUCUUCGAUUUUUAAAUAACACGGUAUUGGUAAGGCUGUACACUUAAAUGUAGCUGAGUAUUGAAGCUUUUAUUGUGGAAAUAUAUGAGAGAAAUUACUUCGACUGUAUAUUUAUAGUGUACUGCAUUAAUUAAAAUAGGCUUGAAUUAUUAGAACUGAAACUAAGGGUGUAAAACUCAAGCUUAGUUUUUUUAUUACCGACUGCUGUUAAAAUUGUCUUUGUAAAUACAAAUGCGUCGGGUGUGUACUGUGGUUAAAAUAACUCUUCAAUUCAGGAAUCUCUAAAGCAAAAUUUCAUUUUAAUGCGCGUACAAGUACCUGACGCAGAGCCACGCCGAAAUAAACCUUAUGGCUGAACAAUGUUAUACUAAUUAUUGAAAAGAUUUUAUAGCAAGCAUGUUUUUGUGUACGAAAGAAAUGUUUAGUACUUAUCUUUUAUAGAAGGACUGGAAUGUUUCUGAUGAUGAGGGUAAAUAUUCAAGGAUGGUGAUAGUCUGAUGUGUUCAGUUAGAUAGUUCGCGAAAGAAAACACGUACUUUUGCACUUUCUGGGCUGUGAACUAGGGAAAACGAAUAGAAUACUUUAAAAUCCACAGUUAUUAAGGUGCCAAGUCCUUUGAACGCGUCUUUGUUCCGUUUUCUCGAGAUCACGGCCCCAAAUCCAUUUCAUGUACAGGGUGGAACUAAUUAAUUAGUAGUUCUUAAUAUAUCAAUUACGUUAUCUCAGUUUUUGACCAAAUAAAUUAAUAUUCAUUUCGCUUAUUGAUAAUGUGACGGAAUUUUAUUUUAAUCUUUCAUUAAUUUCCCGGUGUUGACAUUUUAAAAUUGGUAAUUUAUGAUUAUUUUUUGUAGAUGUAACUGUAUUGUUUGUUUGGUCAAAACUUUUGUUUGUGCACAUAAACGAAUUACCUACGACGGUAUGGCUCGCGUCGUACCGUCCGUUAUUUUAAUUACUCGUAUUCAGACUUCCAUUCCAACUUUGUAUCGAAUAUCUCAUUUUGUAUACAUUUUAAAUUAGUUUUAAAUAAUGGUUACUUGGAUGAACUUCAAAUAUAUAGUAAUAAUGUACAGAAUUUCACGUUUUUGUCUCAAAGUUUAUAUAUAAUUUGCUGUUAUGUGAUGUUAACUGCUAACUUUUUUGUUCGACGUAGUAAAAAAGUUCACAGUGACCUCACGUCACUUGGUAAAAGUUAAACGUGGGAAGUGUAAGGGAAUUGCAUUUAUAAUACCGCAAUGUUGCAAUUGUAUUAAGUUAUAUGAAAUAUGUUUUUUUUAAUAAUUAUUGUUUAUAAUAAAAUGUUUUAUGGACA